AUGGAUCAGAAACUUGAAGCGCCAGUUAUUGAUACGUCUCAUGGAGUUUCGUCGACGCUGAUCAAGCCGCAAGCUCGCGAGCCUUACGAUCCGACCAUCACGUUCGAAGAGUACAAUUAUUAUGCGAAACGAACUCGAGAGGAAGAACUUAGUCUAGAGCCACCGGUGUUGAAUAUCAGGCAAUGGUUUGGGAAGAAAGACCGUGAAGUCCCCCCAGAGCCCUCAACUACCUUGGAGGAGCAGGAUUUCAUAAAUCGAGACAGGAGAGUGGAGAUUUCAGAUGAGGAGUGGACUAAUGCGAGCCGGGCAUUGAGGACGGCUUCUUGGGGUGCCUGUUUCUAUCUAAUUACCACGGAUGUUUUGGGUCCAUAUGGUACCGGCUUUACUAUGGGCACUCUGGGCUGGGGCCCGGGCGUUGCUUUCUACACCGUCUUUGGGUUUAUGGCCGGGUAUUCCGGAUACUUGCUUUGGCGUGUGUACCUUGGCCUCGACAGCUACGAAUAUCCCGUCCGAAAUUACGGAGACCUGGGCUUUAGAACGCUUGGUCGGUGGGGCCGACAUGUCACGAAUGCUCUUCAAGCUAUCGCACUGCUUCUGCUUGUCGGCCAAGUCACUUUGCAAUACGGACAAAACAUCUCCCAGGUCUCUAAGUUCCGACUUUGUUACAUUGUCUGCCCCGCCCUUUUCGCGAUCGUCGGAUUCUUCGUGUCCCAGAUUCGAACCCUUCGCGCAUACGGAUGGAUCGCGAACUGCGCAGUGUGGCUGAAUGUUUUUGUCAUGAUAAUGACCAUGGGCGUCAUGGCCAACUCGCCACCGAACUAUGCGAUCUCCAAACUUGGAUCUGCCGGUGGGAGCGUGGACCCGAACACCAUCACACCUAUGGGCGGUCACUACCCCGCAAUUAUCCAUUACGGCAAUAUCCCGCCCAGUGGGCUAGUCGGGGCAAUCAACGGCAUGAUGUCUGGGGUGCUCGCAUACGCUGGUCUGCAGCUGUAUAUCGAGUUCAUGGCGGAAAUGAAACGCCCACGAGACUUUCUCAAGGCGAUGUGGGGCGCCCAAUUCUUCAUUUACGUUCUAUAUCUCACAUAUGGGUGUGUGGUGUAUUACCUGCAGGGACAAUACAGCUACAACCCCAGCUACCAGGGGGUCAGCAUCUACGGCUGGCAGACGGCCGGCAACAUGACCACGCUUCUUACCGCGCUUAUCGCCGGAGGUCUUUACGGCAAUAUCGGGGUCAAGGUCUUUUACAACAAUAUCUUGCUUGAUCUUUUUCAUGCUCCACCAAUGGAGACGCGCCGGGGGAAGAUCAUAUAUGCAUCGCUAGUACCGAUUUUUUGGGCGAUUGGGUUCGUCAUAGCUGCUGCUAUUCCGGACUAUUUUGGGUUCGUCAGUGUGAUCUCGGCAUCGAUGCUGCUAAACUUGACCUACACGAUUCCGCCUAUAUUUGCGCUAGGCUACGACAUUCAAAAGAAUGCGAUUCGGGAGGACCAAGGCGAAGGCUUUAACCCGAUCACAGGCGAGGUCCCACGGGUAAAGAAAGCUUAUCAGAGAUGGAUUCAUGGCUUCUUUUCUGGUGGUACAUUUCAGGUAGCAGUGAAUGUUUGGCAUGUCGUUUAUGCCUUGGCAUCAUUGUCUCUUUGUGGCCUCGGGAUGUAUGGAGCUAUCGUUGCGAUGAUUGCAACUUUUGAGAUCCCACAGUUGACAUCAUUUUCCUGCGUUUCGCCGCUCAAUUUGAAUGCUUCUUGA